AUGGGCUCCCACUAUAAAAGCCCCGGCUUUCACGCUGGAGGCCCACCGGGAGCCGUGGAGCCCGGUAUGGGCCCAAUGAGCGAGCCCCAGAUGCUCAAUCUCAACAUGAACAUGAACGGAGAGCAAUACGGGGGUUUCCACCCGAGACCCCAUUCGGACAUGCACCCUGGGGGACUGCAGCAGCAGGGACCCAUGCAUGGAUUCUUUAACAACCAGCAACCUCACCAAGGACACCCGCAUGGUCACCAGCCUCAUCCCCAGCAACACCACCCUCACUUUAGCGGAACUUUUGGCCCAGAGUCAGGCUCUUCAUGUCUGCAUGGAGGCAGACUUAUGGGCUACAACAACAAUGGCAUGGGACCACAACAAGGUUUUGGAGAGGGAUUUGACCCUCUCUCUGAGGGGCAAACUGGAGAAAGUUUUCCUCAGCAGCAGCGGACUGGUAACCUCCCUGACUUUCAGCACCAUGGUCCCCCCAGUGCUGUUGUUCCUGCCCCCUGUCUUCCUCUUGACCAGUCUCCUAACCGCGCAGCAUCUUUCCAUGGACUCCCUUCAUCCUCUUCCUCAGAAUCCCAUGGCAUAGAGCCCCGGCGGAUGCCCAACCAGGGUGCUGUCGAGGGAUUAGAAUAUAACUUUCCCAGUGAGCCUCCACCUGGACAUUUUGAUGUUCCUGUUUUUUCACCAUCUGAUUCAGAGUCACAACUACCCCAUUUUGGCCCUGGGCGACCGGUUCCCAGUGGAAAUUUUCCUCCUAACCCUGGCAUGCCCCGGACUCCAGGUAUGCAGAAUAUACCUAAAGGACACCAGCCCCCACAGCCUCAGCAGUUUUUUGAGCGUUUUGGAAAUGGUCGAAAGGUGCCGGUGGGAAUAGAGCCUGCGGUCAAUGCGAGACAUCCUCUCAUGCAGCAGCAACAACAGCCUGGUUUGAUAGGCAGGCAGAAUUCCUGCCCCCCUGGCCUCCCCCGACCCCCUCAGGCUGAACCCAACUCUAACCCCAACAUUCUAGACAGUGGGGUCAUGAUGCCUGGCCAACACAACCAGUUUGAAUAUCCCAUUCAUAGACUAGAAAACAGAGGUCUGCAUCCUUAUGGGGACCCCAUGUUUAAUAUGCAACAGCCUGCUCCUCCUCCCUCCCAACAACCUCCAAACCAGCGGCUACAACACUUUGACUCCCCUUAUAUGAACAUGCCCAAAAGACCCAGAUUUGACUUCCCAAAUGCACAUGGCGGUGAAGGAUGGUGUGGGGGGAUGGACAACCACCUAUCCCCCUCAGCCUAUUCUGGGCUGCCCGGUGAGUUCACCCCUCCCGUAAAUGAGGGUUUCCCCCCAGGGCCACUCCAGCACCCAGGCCCAGAGCAGCAGUCUUUGCAGCAGCGACAGAAUGCAGCUAUGAUGAUAAAACAAAUGGCAUCUCGAAACCAGCAGCAGAGGAUGAGACAACCCAGUUUACAGCAGCUGGGUCAUCAUGGUGACAUGCCUCCAGGUCCUAUGAGUCACCCUGGUCCAGUUGGGAGCUUGUCCCAGGCCAACUUUGAUAGGGAAAAUGGUGGCAGGGUUCCCAAUAUUGAUGGACAGAAUCCUCACAUAACUCAGGAGAACUCCUGGUUUCAGGGCUCCCACCCACCAGGGGAGAUGAUGUCACGCCGUAUGGGUGGCGCUAGCAAUGAGGCAGGGCCCCAUGACCUGGGAAUGCAGCAGAGUGGGGCUGGGAUGAUGUUUAGGCCUGGCAUGGGCAUGCAGGAGCCCAUGAGAAUACCAGGGGACGUCCAAGCUCUCCACUCCCCGGGCAUGCACUCACAGUUCAGUGGUAAUAUGGGUAACCUCACCCAAAUGCAGUCUCCAGGAGCAGGUCACCCCAACACUCCAUCAGAAAGGAGGCCUGCUGACUUCUCUGGACCUCCAAUGGGAGGUCAGCCAAACUACCCCUAUGGAGGGGCUAACCGCCAGGGGCCUGCUCACUCCGCUCCUCAGGGGGUGAGCACCUCACCUGGGAGCUUCCCUUCUCAGUCUGAGUUUCCCCCUGGUCAGCGCUCCUCUGUGAGUAAGCUGGGAGCACUGUCCCUUGGGAACUUUAGCAAAACCAGUUCUAAGGACAGUGUUUUUGGCCAGAGCUGUCUGGCGGCCCUCUCUACGGCCUGUCAGAACAUGAUUGCUAGUCUAGGAGCCCCCAAUCUUAACGUAACAUUCAACAAGAAGAACCAAAACGAGGGCAAGAGAAAACUGAGUCAGACAGAGCAGGACAUUAAUAGCAGCACAUCUAAUGGGACUGGCAGUGCUGGUCCGGAAUAUUUUCAGAGCAGUACUUCCCAGAACAGCCAGAUGCCUGGCCCCGGGAAUAGCAACUCUAAGCCUGCCAGUCAAAGCCAGACGGUGCAGGGGGAAGCCAGUGCCCUCUCCCCAAAUUACAACAUGGACGCUACCCCGUGCAGUGAGGGGAAAGCAACAACAGGGAGUGGGAGAGGGAGAGGGAGGAGAAAAAGAGACAGUGGACAUGUAAGCCCUGGAAUUUUUUUUUCCUCUGACAAUGGUAACCCUGUUGUAAGUCCAGGCCAGCAGACCCCCACAGCUGGCAUGGGAGAAAGGGGAGGGGGCACCCCUAAUGAGAAACACCUUCACUCACCAUCCUGGGGUAAAGGAGGCGACCUGGUUCUGGGGGAUCAGGCUGAUUUGAUGUCAUCUCUUGACAGUGGAAUUCAAAGUGUGGCCAAGUCUGACAGCAGCUCUCCACGAGUGGACUUUCCUGACGAUGUCAGUGCCCACUUCGGCAAUGAGGACGAGGUGUCCUCCAGCUCCGAUGCUGGAGGGGCCUCGGCCAGCAAGUCUAACCGCAGCCCCAUGCUCACCGGCUCUCCUAAAGUGCAGAGAGCUGAACAUGGGCUGAUAAACGGACAGAAGCCCUUGGGCAUUAACAAUCACACUACCUCGACACCUGACAGCUAUGGACUAAACAGUGCCGGCACUGGUGGAGUCAGCCACCCGGGCACUCCUGGGGGGGAGCAGGUACGCACACCUUCCAGCACCUCGGGACAGGACGAGAUCCACCCUUUGGAGAUCCUCCAGGCCCAAAUCCAGCUCCAGCGGCAGCAGUUUAGUAUCUCCGAGGACCAGCCGCUGGCCAUAAAAAAUGGCAAAAAAAACGGUGACUGUUCCUCACAGAAUGAAGACAAUGAGCUCGCGAGCUGUAGCCCGGAUGCAGCGAAGGGCUCAAUGGGCACUAUUGACCUUGACACCCUGAUGGCAGAGCAGCACGCCACCUGGUACGUGCCCAGUGACAAAGCCAUGAUGGACGGCUCAGAGGACGACAAGGCCAUGGGACCCUGGGAAAAGAACAAGAUCCAAAUAAACUCAAAAGAAGAAUCGGAGCUGUCUUCCCAGAACAAGGCUGGCGCUGGUGGUCCCGGGGCAGCCUCGGGAGUGGGGGGAGGGGCCGGAGGGGGGUCCCACCUACAGUGCCUGUCUGUCCACUGCACUGACGAGCUCACGGGGGACACUAAAGCACGCGGAGGGCCCGUCACGUCGUGGAGAUCGCUUCACUCAGAUAUCUCCAACCGCUUUGGGACGUUCGUGGCGGCUCUCACUUGA